GCGGGUAGGCGGCGCAGGAGCGGCAGCGGCUGCGGGUCGGGCGGGCAUGUAGUGGGUGCGGGCGGAGCGGGCCUCCCGGGGCGGGCCGGACCGCGGGGGCUCGUGGCGACAUGGAGGAGGAGGGCAAGAAGGGCAAGAAGCCUGGAAUCGUGUCACCAUUUAAGCGGGUGUUCCUUAAAGGCGAGAAGAGUAGAGAUAAGAAAGCUCAGGAGAAGGCUGCGGAGAGACGUCCUCUGCACACGGUGCUACUAGCCCUGCCGGAGCGUGUGGAGCCCGACACGCUGCUGAGCGACUACAUCGAGAAGGAGGUGAAGUACUUAGGUCAGUUAACAUCCGUGCCAGGAUACCUGAACCCCUCCAGUAGGACUGAAAUCCUGCACUUCAUAGACAAUGCAAAGAGAGCCCACCAGCUCCCCGGACACCUGAACCAGGAGCACGACGCUGUGAUCAGCCUGUCUGCCUACAACGUCAAGCUGGCCUGGCGGGACGGGGAGGACACCAUCCUCAGGAUUCCCAUCCAUGACAUUGCCGCUGUGUCCUACGUGCGGGAUGACGCCUUGCACCUCGUGGUCCUAAAGACAGCCCAGGACCCCGGCAUCUCCCCCAGCCAGAGUCUGUGUGCGGAAGGUUCCAGAGGCCUCACCACAGUCUCCCUGGCGGAGAGCGGAGUGGGGCCUGUGGAGGCAUGCUGCCUGGUGAUCCUGGCGGUGGAGAGUAAGCAUCGGAGAGCUGCCUGGAAGGUGCAUCUGUAUCCCCCAUGGCAGGUGGCUGCUGAAGAGUUGUGCCUCCUGCUCGGCCAAGUCUUCCAGAUUGUGUACACGGAGUCAACGAUUGACUUUCUGGACAGAGCCAUAUUCGAUGGAGCCUCGACACCCACCCACCACCUGUCAUUUCACAGCGACGACUCUUCCACCAAAGUGGACCUGAAGGAGCCCUAUGAGUCGGAAGCCAUCCCCUUCUCUUUCCGUGAGUGUUCGCUAGCGGGCGGUGUCCUGCCGCUGUCCUGCGCGCCGACGGCGCCGCACGCCAAGACGGUCAGCGAGAGCGAACUGAGCGCCACGGCUGCCGAGCUGCUGCAGGACUACAUGCUCACGCUGCGCACCAAGCUGUCCUCGCAGGAGAUCCAGCAGUUUGCUGCACUGCUGCACGAGUAUCGGGAUGGUGCCUCCGUGCACGAGUUUUGCAUCAACCUGCGGCAGCUAUAUGGGGACAGCCGCAAGUUCCUGCUGCUGGGUUUACGGCCCUUCAUCCCUGAGAAGGACAGUCAGCACUUUGAGAACUUCCUGGAGACCAUCGGAGUGAAAGACGGCCGGGGCAUCAUCACUGACAGUUUCGGCCGGUGCCGGCGGGCCCUGAGCUCCACCCCUACCUCCACCUGCACUGGGGACAGGGCUGUGGGACACACCGAUGACCAGUCUGCACCCUCAGAGGGUGAUGAGUGGGACCGCAUGAUCUCAGACAUCAGCAAUGACAUUGAGGCCCUGGGCUGCAGCCUGGACCAGGACUCAGCCUGAGGGGGUGGGAGGCCAGGGCAAGUGCCAUCUGCUGUGAAGGACACGCCUGGGGUGGUCUUGCUGCCUGCACGGGCUCUGCUCCUAGAGGGGUCCUGUCGCCUGACCCCAGACAGCUGUUCAGUUUUGCACAGGAACACAGACCCUUAAAGAAGUUUACUGCAAUGUGAA